GAACUUCCCCGUAGUGAGUGAAGGCUGCCACUUGAUGGAUCAGAUGAUAGAGUUGAGCAGAGAUAAGUAUGUACAGUCAAAGUAGUUGAUGACAGCUCAUCAUUUUAGUCAGAACAGCGCUGUCAUUUGAGGCCGAACGACUCCACAUCCGCUGUUAGCCGGCUUUAGCUUGCUAUCCUCCGCAGGUUAUCAACAUGGCCUCAUGGAUUAUUCAGACAACUAUGAUGGUGCUCUCUGUCUUCAUCGGCAGCAGCCAGGGAAAAAGGGACCAGGUGGUUUACUGUUCUGCAUGCAAGGCGAUUGUGGAUGAGUUGAAUUACUCAAUCAGUCUGGUGGACCCAAAGAAAACCAUUAAUGUUGGCAGCUUUAGACUCAACCCUGAUGGGACCAUUAAAGACAAAAAGGUCCCGUUCGCUCGCUCAGAGACUCACCUCAGUGAGCUCUUGGAUGGAGUGUGCAACAGCAUGAGUGACUACGCCCUCCAUGUGGACCCCGACACCCAGCACAAACAGUACAUAAGGUUUGCUCCCAGAAGCAGUACGGACACCAGCAGUUUCCCGGACUUUAAAAACUUCCAGUUUGACGGGCCCGAGGCAUCCAACGUCCUGAAAUUUGCAUGUGAGACUGUGGUGGAGGAGCUGGAGGAUGACAUCAUCUCUGUGUUCAGCCAGGACGUGGAGAAUGCGCAUGAAGAGUUAUGCAACCGAAUCUCAGACUACUGUAGAGACGGCAGUCACAUCAGCGAAGAGUUAUAGUGUUGUUUCACACUUUCAGCGGAUGAAGCCUCAGAUCAUUGGACUGUGUUGUCAGCUGCCUCCUCCGCUGGUUUUCUGAAUGCUGACAGUUUUUCAUUUUGUUUCUCCUUGAUUUAGCAAGGAAGUCCCAUUGAGACACAAAAUCUUUAAUUCCAGGGAGUCUUGGUCAGAAAUAAAAAAAACUAAGCACGGUAAAGAAACAAUGAUUGUGUUUGUCAGUGGACAGUGGGAUUUGAGCUACAGAGAAAAAUAGAAACACACAAUACUGCAACACCUGGGCAAUUUAUUCAGCAAAAAUCCCCAAAUAUUUAGUUUUUCACAGUAAUCUAAAUAUCUUUGAGGCGGAGGCUCUUGGUUUAACUUUUUUCUUGUGCUUUGGGAAAUGGUAUUUUCAUUUUCUAAUAUUUUACAGGCUGCUGCAUUGGAACAAAUCCACAUAAUAGGUGAUGAUAGAACUGAUCAUUUGCUGAAUGUUCUUGGUGAUGUUUGUUUUACUUACACUGGUUUGUCUUUUUGUAUUUUUCUCUAGUGACACAGGCCCUAGUUAUGCAAGGUCAGAGCGUCAUUUUUCGAUCACAAAUUGGAAUUUCUUUGUCACUGUAGAUACAGACACAAAAUGCAAAUAAAGCAAAAAAAUUGAGUGGCUUCAGAGUUGUGCUGUGCUAUUGUCUGGAUGGGAACAUGCAGCACUCAAAUAGACAAGUGUCUACUCAUACAAACUAGCAGGUGUAUGGGCCUGUGCAAACACUGAAGCCUCCGUCGUCUGAUUGGACCAGAUCGAGCAGCAGCUGGUUGAUGAUUGGUCGGAACACUGUGUAUUGAUAUGCUAAAGGAUGCAUGUCCGCAGGGGAAGCAUGUUUGGUUGCAGAGAGUGCAUUGUACUGAAGCUCCUCUAUGGAGACUCAAAUAUCACUUAAAAUGUUCCUGCUUGACUGAAUUUAGUAAGUUAGAAGGGUGUAGCAAGAAGAAGGACAUUAGGUCUAGGAUUUUUUGUAUUUUGACACUAGUAAAGCCUACUUGGCAAAGAAAUGAGGCUUAUGGGACGCUGGACAACUGGAACUCAUUCAAAAGCAGAAUAAAAAUGUGAUGAUGACAAGGCUGUUAUACAGGCAGCAGUUGAAAGCGGCAUUAAUGACCAACAAGAAUAUAUUUACCACAUAACUGGAACAAACCCACUCAUCUAUCCUUUUGUCUUCAGUCUGUAAAAACUUUUUUCUGACUCACUUUUAGCAUCAUACUGCAGCUUUGUACAACCUGUGCACUGUUCUUUGUGUUGUUUUCUGUGUAAAUACCAGUUUAUGUGGCCAUCACCCCCCAGGCAAUUUCAUGUUUUCCAUGAAAACACACACUUUUAUUCAUGUGCUAACAUAAUUGCCCAAGGGUUUUGUAAUCAUCAAUUAGCCUUUCAACACCAUUAGCUAACACAAUGUAGCAUUAAACACAGGAGUAAUGGUUGCUGGAAAUGUUCCUCUGUACCCCUGUGUAGAUAUUCCAUUAAAAAUCAGUUGUUUCCAGUUAGAAUAGUCAUUUCCCACAUUAACAAUGUCAAGACUGUAUUUCUGAUUCAUGAAAUGUUAUCUUCAUUAAAAAAAUUCUACGUUUCUAAGUCACCCCAAACUUUUGAA